UUCUUCCAUUCCAUUCGCGCGGCGGCGUCGCCCCUUAACGGAUGUCGUGUGCCGGUCCACGUUCUGACAUCCGAAAAGUUAGGGAAACUUUUGUCAGUCGACCUUUGAAGACAACAAAACUUUUGUCUCAAACAAAUGUUGGUGCGGUGUUAAGUGAUUAAUAUAUGUGAUUGUGUUGUGCGUAUUUUUUGCGAUAGCUAUUCACCGUUUCAAAUGAACGUUACUGUUUCGUUCAGCAAAAGCGCGUAGCACAGCGACGCACGAGGGCAGUGUAUGGUUUAUUCCUUGGGUUGCGUCCAUCGGUGAAAGUAGACCUUUGUUGAGUUCAAAAGGACACAGGCCUUGCAACUAGCUUGAUACAAGUCGUUUCGCGUGUAGUUGUAAGACGAGGUCGCUCGGGGUCGCCGGUCGCCAUGGCAGCCGGGUUCCAAACACACCCCUGAAACCAACGGGGCGGGCGGAUGUCGGGCGGCGGCGCGGGGCUGAUGUCCUGCGUGCGCGAGGGCUCUCUGGAGCCGCCUUACCGACCGCCGCAGCACACCUCCAAUGGCGAAGGUCGGACGGGUCGCUUCUUACGGGGGCUGCGGCGCAUGUUCCGGCGACGCAGCGCCGCGCGCGCCCCUCACGCCCCCCACGCGGAGCCUGACCCGAAGAGCAGCUCGACCAGCGAACUGCUUGAUGCUGAGAGGCAUGCGCGCAGAAAAGAGGGCGCUUACGGCAGCGGGCUGUCUGUGUCCCAUGACUCGGUGUUCACUGGUGAAAGGUCCGGUGAUGAAUCGGGUGACGAACGGCCCGGGACCCUCGGGAUUGCGCAGGUCGCAGCCUCGCAUAGGGCUGAGCUGGUAGCGGCAGUGAGAAGACGUGGUCGUGGCGAGUGUAGUGAUGAUGAGGAGGACCUGGGGCUUCCCCGCAGCCCUCCUGCCAGCCCGCCCACCGACAAAGCUGAUAAGCGGCACCAUGCGGGUAUCUCGCAGUCGUCGUGCAGCGACGGUUCUCUGCUCAGUGUCGGCUCUUCGGAGAUGGAUGAGGACAGUAGCAGUGGAAAUCAUCACUCCCAAGACCACUCCUCACGCAGCGAUCACUCUGACCUCUACAAUGUAUCGGAGCCGCCGCCGGGUGUGGCGCCACUGUCGCAUUCAGCCGCGCGUCACAAGAUGGCGGUGCGCCCGCGACGCACACAUGGCGCGCCAAGAAGGAAAAAGACGAACCCGUUGGGUGCGACCGCGCUGCCGAUAACGCCCGAACUGAACGAAGAAAUGAUACGAAGCACUACUCCUGAGGUCGCGCUACACGCAGGAGUUGUUACUGAAUCAUUCUCUUCAUCGACUACGAGACAAAUGAUCGUUAAGGAGCAACAUCAGCAAUUAAAUCGCGAAUUACAAAGAGUUGUGGAACCGAGCGACGCCAAACUCAAGUCCUCCUCCCUGCCGCCCGGCCUCGCCCUCGGACAGGGGGUCUCCUCCCCUGCCAAGCUCAGCAUCGCUGACUCAAACACACCCCGGUCUUCCAUCAAGAGGAGCAAAUCCAGCACUCAGGAACAACCACUAAGAGAAUCCCCAAAACCCUAUGGAGAUUCACCAAUACACAAGUAUACAGAAGAUCGUUCUAAGUACCGCCUAGAUAAGAAAUACGCCGAAGAAACUUGCCACGAUAAGAAAUCGAAAUCUGAAAAGAAAAUAGAAAACGAAGUCAUUAAAUGUAAAAAAGAAGAAUCCUUCUUCAGUAGACUAUUAUUAAGGAAGAGCGGGAAGAAAUCAAAGAAAGACCAAACAGAUGGAGAAUGUCAGGAAGUGAAGAAAUCGAAAACAGAAAAAUCUAGAACUACAACAUCUGAGCUUGAAUUUCACCCUGAGCCACAGGUGUACAAACCUAUUCCGAUGGAGAGGUCAUAUAAAUCUGCGGGACAAAAGGCCUUCGCAAACCAACAACACAAGCGUAUGGACAAACAAGGUGGUUACGCACAAGAUGGGUAUAAAGACGCCUACAGUGCAGCCAAAGUAUCCGGCAUUGAGUACAUUACUGAUCUCAAAAUAGCAGAGGAAACUGACACUAUGCUGAACCUGGAAAUGAAGAGUCGCUUUAGUAGAAGAGAAGAUUUCACCGAAAAAGAAAGAAAACGUUCCACAUCAAGAGAAGCUAUAGAUGAUAAGAGGGAAUCCUUCAAUCUAAACUUGGAUAAAGCUAAAAGACCAGCGUCAGUUCAACGCUUAAUGGAUCCAUUUUCAUCCAAAGCGUUCAUUACCAACGAAAUCAACCAAUCCCAAGAAGAAGCAUUAUCCCCGUCGCUAGAAAUAUCCGAUGAAGAGCCUCCCUUAAGAGCGAUGAGAAUUAAAACCAACCCUGAGUAUACAUUCCAUAGUGGAAGCAUGCCUAAGAAUUUACCCUACUUCAACCCCAGCAUCGUAGUAUCACAGCCUCAGACAAAAAUAAGUCAAUCAUCAGAAAACGUUAAGAAAACCACACGAUCUUCAGAAAACGUCGAAUAUCGAGAGAAGAUUGAACGUGAAAUACAAUUCCCUACAAAAUCUGAGGAAUCAUACGUUACUUCUGGUAUAAGGUCAUUAGGAGAUGAAUACGAGACCAGGAGCAGUAUUGGAAAGUCGCAUAGUUUCCGUUACGCGUCCGAAUCGACUUCUAUUAGUUCACAAGAGAACCAAAUGCCAAGUCUCCCUGCGAUUGUCGGUAUAUCCGAACCCUUGCUGGAGAGCUGGGAAGUGAACUACAGAAGGAAUGUCGACAGACACGAUUACUCUAAAAGAGUAUCCGCGAGAAACUAUAAUAUCGUCCAAUCAAACUCUGAAACGAACUACGAUAGCUUGCAAAGUACAGAUAGUAGCUAUCUAGAUAGUCUUAAAGCUGAAGAUGAUAGGAAACUAUUCACUAACAGUAUUCAUAUAACUCUAGACUCACAUAAACGUGACAGUGAUAUAUCACAAAUUGAAGCAAAAAUUGACGACAUAAUCAGUUCUCCAAAACCUUUAAUAGCACCUACAAUACUCAAAUCCAAUUCCUUAGACAGCGUUAAGAGCAGUCCGGAGAAAGUCGACGAUAGAAGAAAAACAAUAUCAAUCGAAAGUGCUUUGAGUCAAACAGAAAAAAUAACACAAAUAGAAACCAAAUACGAUUCAGAAAACUUUAUCUCUGUGACUCAUGUCAAUAGAGAAUUAACUCCAGUGGCAGUUAAAAAUUUGGAAACUAAAAUCAACAAAAGCGACGAAAAAUUGCAGAAACCCACCAAACCUGGCGUUCCCGAGUUUCUCAACAUUCAAUUAAACAAAGUUGAUGCAAAACCGAUAACAAAUGUUGUUUUAACUGCCAAUCUAACACCAAAGAAGGAAAUACCGCAACAAGAUAAAGAACAAGAUAUAGAAACAUUUCCAAUAACAGAAACAAAAGUACUAAACACUCUAGAAAAAGAACCAAUCAAAGUUGACAUAGAAAACACUCAAGUAGUAGAUAAAAUUGGAAAGACAAUUCAAACUCAAUCAGGCAGUCCUUCUACGCCACGAAACUUUUUCAAAAGAAAAGCUGUAAGUGUUGAUCAUCAAGACAAACCAGAAAAAACUAGAACAAACUCCCUAAGCACAGAAGGUAGCAUCGAAAAAAUAUACGACAACAUAUCUAUUGACCAAAAGUCACAUUCCAGUUUCGGAAGCAAAAGUUCUAUCCAAAGUUUCGACAGUAAUGAAAACAAAAUCGAUAGACAGGAAGAAACAGUCGUGUACAGAAAGAAACCAAUAAUAGGUAAAGAGACAAGAGAUAGAAGGAACGACGACGAACCGGAGUUAAUGAAAGUUUUCGCGAGACGAUCUCUAAAAAUCAAAGAUACCGAAGCAGAUUCUAUAGCUCAAGAGAUCGCUGACACCAAAGAUAAAAAAGAUGACAAUACAAAAUCUAAAAUACUAAAAAAUGAAUUUAACGCAUCCAUAAAAUCUAGAGAUAGUGACAAAGAGAAUGACGGUAAGGAUCAAGCAGAGAACAAAUUAGUAGACAUCGCGGCUAGGGUCAGUCAAUUUGGUGUACAUUAUCAAAGAAGCGUUAGUAUACACAGCGUAUCUAACGUAAAACGAGAAAGCGCACCAAUUUACAGAAACGAGAUAAAUAAAUACAAAAAAGAAGUAUCAGAUUCUACACCAGAAAAGAGACUAAGGAAUAGAACAUUCCCUGACCCUUCGAAUGACAGAGACAUGGUAAAGAGUGAAGUAAUGGCUUACAAAGCGGAUACAUUGACAAAGCGUCCUUGGCAGAGGAAAGAUGAAUUCAGAUUGUCGGUGGAGAAAGAGAGAAGAGAGAGUUCUGUGAUAGAAGGUGAGAGUGGGAAGGAUAGAGUGGAGAGUGAGGAGAGAGUGAGCACGGGAGAGGCGGACGCGUCGCCGCAGUUUAAGGGUAUUUUGCAGAUGAGGGCGAAGUGGGAACGACGAGCUAAACAGGGGAUGACCAAAUAAUUAAAGGUGCUAAGAUAGGUAUGUUUUUUAAUAUGUACAAUUUAUACUAACUUUUACUCUUAAAAGACAAUAGUGUUAGUCUUUCUCUACCUU